AUGUCCGCACAGAGAAAACAUAACGAGAGAAACCAGCAGAUUCUCAAGACAUUGCUGAGAGAGCCUGCCAACAAAAACUGUGCCGACUGCAAGAUCUCCAAAAACCCGCGCUGGGCGUCGUGGAACUUGGGCAUUUUUGUUUGUAUCAGGUGUUCAGGUAUACACAGAAGCAUGGGGACGCACAUUUCGCGGGUGAAAUCUGUUGAUUUGGACUCGUGGACCGACGAGCAGGUCAAGAGCAUGGUAAUGUGGGGGAACGAGCGGGCAAAUUUGGUUUGGGAGGACAAGCUGCCGGACAAUUACGUGCCUGACGAGAGCAAGAUUGAGAAUUUUAUUCGCACCAAGUACGAGAUGAAGAAGUGGAAGAGCGACAAGGAACCGGGCGCUCUGGCUGCUGCCAAAAAGAUGACGGAGCAGCGCGAGUCUCCAGCACAGCUUUUACAACAGACUGAGUCCACUCCUUCUUUGCUGGACGGUCUUAGCACGCCUGUCAGCGCCUCCACAGCCCAGCCGACUCCAGCUUCGACCGCACCAGCACCCCAAAACUUGUUUUCGUCCGACCUGUUUGGAUCGGCACCCGCGCGGCAUCCACAGCCAACGGUCCAGAACAGCAGACCGGAUCUCAAGAAAUCGAUUUUAAGUCUUUACUCGAAACCGUCGCCGCAAAGCCAGUCGCAGACACAACAGCCGUUUCACUCGCCACCUUUCACGCAGCCGGUGCAGCCUCAGUUCAACUACACGUCCGAAGACCCAUUUAAAAAUGUCUGGAGUUGA